AUGCCUCCAAGAAUACUCCUUAUCGGUGCGUCUGGAUAUAUUGGCGGCUCGACGCUUUCAUCUCUUCUGGAGAGUCAUCCAUCCUGGGAUGUCACAGCAAUCGUACGCAAUGAAGAGCAGGCCUCUGCAAUCCAUGAUGCAUAUCCUGGAAUACCCCUUUCGACUGUUAUUGGCAACCUCGACACUCCUGGAGUUCUUAUAUCAGAAGCUGCCAAGGCGUCUAUUACGCUUCAGCUUGCCAACGGCGAUCAUAAUGUCGGAACGAAUACUCUCCUUUCCGCAAUCGCUUCUUCAACCACACCGGAGUCCGCUAGGUACUACAUACAUUUGUCAGGGGCUGCCACUGUUCUUGAUCUUGCCCUCGCGCCCGGUUCUCCGCCGUCAAGGUCUUGGGAUGAUACAUCCGAUCUGUCCGCGAUACUUGAUCUGCCUGCGACACAAAUCCAUGCUGCCACGGAGCAGCGUAUCGUAUCAUUCGGUGCUACACAUGCUCAAAAUGGUCUUCGAACUGCAAUCAUCAGCCCACCAGCGGUUGUUGGUGUGGGAUCUGGUCCAGUCAAGAAAGGGGCUGCGUAUCACAUCAACAUGAUGAUGCAGCGCAAAAAAGCAUUCGUCGUCGGACAAGGUCUUAACAGAUUUGAUAUGGUUCAUGUGAAGGAUGUAGCAGAUGCAAUUGUCGCCCUGGUCGAGGCUGCCAAUGCAGAGCUUGAGACUCGAUAUGCCAGCAAUCCAAGCUCCUCUUCCAAGGCGCACUGGAAUGACAAAGGAUAUUACUUUCUCACUUCUGAUUGGGUAACUCCGGAUAAAACCACUUAUGCCAAAACAGCUCAAUCUCUAAUGAGAAUGAGAUCAAUCCCACUCGAUGAUGGCGUGGAUCACCUGACGCCGGACGAGGCAACGUCAUUGCAUCCGUUUGGAACAAUUAUCUUCGGAGGAAGCCUGAAGAUCCAAGGAAAAAGAAUAAGAGAGAGGUUAGGGUGGAAAGCCUCUUCUAUCCGUUGGGAGGACGCUCUGGAGGAAGAGAUAGAAAAUGAGGUCUCAAGGCAGGAGAGGGGAGAAAUUUUGGGUGUUGGCUUUGGUCGUGAAUAA